AUGCCUUCAUCGGACUCAGCCCGCCCUUCGAAGCGACUGGUCAUCUUCUGCGAUGGCACUUGGGUCGGUCGCGAAACCAAUGUUCCUGGCGCGCCCGCGAGCAAUAUCCGCCAGCUUGCCAAUAUGGUCGGUGAAGUCCAGUACAAUGGUUCCAAUAUUGAAGAGUCGGCCGUUCAUCCACUUCGUGUGCAUUCACACGUGCAAUCAGGGUCAUCUUCCGACAGCGUCAUCGCUGGUUACCAAGAAGGUGUAGGCCUAAACCGUACGUUCCUUGAUUACAUCUGGGACGGCGCCACAGCCUCAGCCAUCGGCGAUGAAUGCAUUGCUGUGUACAAAUUCAUCGUCGAAAAUUACACUGACGAGCAUGAAAUUUGGCUGUUCGGCUUCUCCCGCGGCGCUUUUACGGUCAGAUGUGUAGCAGGCAUGAUCAACAACUGCGGCAUCAUCAAGCGCCUCCCAGAAUUCACCGACGACGAAGUUCACAGACUCUGCUACGAUGUCUUCCGCACAUAUCGCAGCGCACUACCCAACGACGGGCCCCACAGCGACUCCAGCCUCAAACUCAAAGGCGACGCAAAUCAUAUAUGGCAAGUUAGUCGACCUAUCCGCUUCAUGGGCCUCAUCGACACGGUCGGGGCCCUGGGCAUCCCGCGCCUGAACGCAGGCAUCGGCUUCGACUGGGCGCCCUUUGAAUUCUUCGACCAGAACAUGUCCUCCGUCGUCCAGGAAGUCUACCACGCGCCCUGCCUGCACGACAGACUGUGGAUGUUCCAGCCCUGCCUCGUCUAUCCCGGCAGCGGUAAGGACAAAACCCGCGUCCACCAGAAAUGGUUCCCCGGCACGCACUACGACGUCGGACGCAUGACGUUCCGCUUCGUGCGCCAGAGUCCUGCGAAUUGGAUCGAGAAGGUGGUGGGCGCGUUGCCGGACCUCUUGUCACGCACUAUCUUUCCGAAUGAAGUGCUGUCAGACUGUGUACUGCGCUUCUUACUCGAAGGCAUUCGGGACGUCGAUUCCUCCUCCUCGAACCCACUCAUCCCAGACAUUCACGACGUAAUUUCACACCUGGACAAACUCAUCACGCAUCCCGUCCCAAACUCUACUGGGUCGGGCGACAUCUACGGCGACGUGCUCAACUACGCGCCCGGCGGCAUCCUGCUCGGCAGUCUCCAGCGCGUGGGCAAAGCAUUCACAUCCACCCUCAACACUGUCCUGCCACAGCUCGGCUCGAAUAUCCAGGAUCUACUCGGCAUUAAAGCGAUCAUAGGGAUUCUGACGGCCACCAGCGAUCGCAGGAUCCCGGGGGGUGAGGAGGAUGUUUUCGCGUAUGCCGAGGAACAGGUGCUGUUUGUGGAGGGCGUGCAGGAGAGCGUGAUUGUGGCGGAAAAAGCGGACAUGCGCGGCGUAAAUGAGUGGGGGAAGGUGCGGUAUGAGAGUAAGACGUUUGAGAACUGGGUGCUUUGGAAGAGGGUUUUUGGCGGUGGGGAGUUGGAGGUGAUGAAUGGGAAUGGGAACGGAGAGGAAACGAAUGGGAAAGGAGAGGAGUCUAAUGGAGGCGGAGAUGCGAAUGGCAAUGGGAAGAAGAAGAACAAGAAGAAAACUGAUAAAGCUGGGGUGUAG